UAUGUUCUGCCCCAAAAGCAGCCCUUCUUCUCGAGAGGAAGCCUCCACACACCCCAAUGCCCCUCAGCGCUGCGAAACCUCCCAUCCCCUCCAUUUAAUCACCGGACCUCCUACCGUAUCUAAAUCAAAUCACCCCCGAUCUCCGCCUCUUCUCAACAAAAUCCCUCUCUCUCCUCUCCCCUCAACCCCGAAUUCCAAGAACUCCGAUCGCCCUCUCCUCCCCAAUCCGAAAACCCUAGAGCGAUCCAUCGAGAUCGAUCCGGAACCUGGCACGCUCUCGAUCAAUCCGGCUUUCUUGAUCCUUGCGUCGGCGCGAAGCUAGGGUUUUGCCCGCCGAUCGUUAGGAGAUGAUCGGGGCCGACGCCUGAUCGCCGCCACCGCCGCCUUGGGCGAGGAGGGGUUUGUGUCUUUGUAUGGAAACGCGGAGAAGGAAGCGGGCGGAGGCCUCCUCAUCAGCGCCCUCUUCUCAGGCCCCCACCACCCGCGCCUCUAAACGCUCCCGCACCUCCGCCGCCUCCGCCUCCACCUUGUCCAAUCCCACCGCCCUCCCUCCGGCUGCCUCCACUCGCUCCCGCCGCAACCAGAACCCUCCCUCCUCCUCCGUCGCCGCCGCCGCCCCUGCCCCCAUGGACUCAUCCGCCAGCGACACCGCCGCCCGCCGCCGCAGCAGCUCCGGCAAGAAUCACCAGCCCCCGGCGGAGCGCGACCGGGAGUCCUCCGACAAGGGGAAGGAGCGAGAGCCGGAGGCUUCCAGGUCUAGGGAUAGGGAUAGGGAUGCUGAACGGAUCUUGGGGAUGAGCUUCGAUGGUGGGGGAGCCGAUGAUGACAACGAUAGCGAGGGUGGCGUGGGUAUCCUCCACCAGAAUCUGACAUCGGCCAGCAGUGCCCUUCAGGGGCUUCUCCGCAAGCUGGGUGCUGGGCUCGACGAUCUCUUGCCGUCCUCUGCUGGGUCGGCCUCGUCUUCCUCGCACCAGAGCGGGCGGCUCAAGAAGAUCCUUUCAGGGCUGAGAGCUGAUGGCGAGGAAGGGCGGCAGGUGGAGGCGCUGACCCAGCUUUGUGAUAUGCUGUCUAUUGGGACUGAGGAUUCCCUGGGAUCCUUCUCGGUAGACUCGUUUGUGCCAGUCCUUGUGGGCCUGCUCAACCAUGAGAGCAACCCCGACAUCAUGCUGCUUGCUGCGAGGGCCCUCACCCACCUCUGCGAUGUUUUGCCGUCUUCUUGUUCUGCGGUGGUGCAUUAUGGUGCAGUGCCGUGUUUCUGUGCCCGGCUUCUCACGAUUGAGUACAUGGACCUGGCAGAGCAAUCUUUGCAAGCUCUCAAGAAGAUAUCGCAAGAACACCCUACUGCUUGUUUGCGUGCUGGUGCGCUUAUGGCGGUGCUGUCUUACCUUGACUUCUUCUCCACAGGAGUCCAGAGAGUGGCAUUGUCUACAGCCUCGAAUAUGUGUAAGAAGCUCCCAUCAGAUGCAGCUGACUUUGUAAUGGAAGCAGUUCCUUUGCUCACAAACCUUCUUAGCCAUCAUGAUUCAAAGGUGUUAGAACAUGCCUCUGUUUGUUUGACACGUAUUGCAGAAGCAUUUGCCUCAAGCCCUGAGAAACUGGAUGAGUUAUGUAAUCAUGGAUUGGUUGAACAAGCUGCUGGACUUAUAUCUGUUAGUAAUUCAGGAGGACAGGCUUCUCUGAGCACAUCGACAUACACGGGUUUGAUUCGCCUUCUCUCAACAUGUGCAAGCGGAUCUCCGUUAGGAGCUAAAACUCUUCUCCUUCUUGGAAUCAGUGGCACACUUAAAGAUGUUCUUUCAAGUUCUGGUCUGGUUGCUGGUGUUUCCGUUUCUCCUGCUUUAACGAGGCCUGCAGAACAAAUUUAUGAGAUUGUCAACCUUGCGGAUGAGCUCCUUCCUCCUUUGCCUCAAGGAACCAUUUCUCUCCCAAUAUGCUACAAUGUUCUUGUUAAAGGAUCAGCUGCAAAGAAAUCUCCUGCUUCCUCUUCACACAACAAGCAGGAGGAGACUGAUGGAGCAAAAAAUGAAGUUUCAUCUCGUGAAAAAUUAUUGCAUGACCAACCCGAACUUCUCCAACAGUUUGGAAAGGACCUACUUCCUGUUUUGACACAGGUAUAUAGUUCCAGUGUAAAUGGUCAAGUUCGUCACAAGUGUCUUUCUGUUAUUGGGAAGUUGAUGUAUUUCAGUUCCGCUGAUAUGAUUCAGGCUUUGCUUUCUCUGACAAACAUUUCCAGCUUCUUAGCGGGUAUAUUAGCUUGGAAGGAUCCCCAGAUCUUGAUCCCUGCUCUUCAGAUAGCAGAAAUACUAAUGGACAAGCUUCCUGGAACAUUUACCAAGAUGUUUGUGAGAGAAGGGGUUGUUCAUGCUGUGGAUGCGCUGAUAUGCUCAGGUUCCUCAGAUACUGUUCCUUCUCAAACAUCCAUCUCCGAAAAGGAUACUGAUUCUUUACCAGGGAUGUCGUCACGUUCUCGGCGUUAUCGACGGCGUAAUAGUAGCUUAAGUACGGAAAGCAGCUCGUUCGAUGAGUCAAAAGGUUAUGUACCAGGACAUAUUGGCUCUCCUCCAACAUUGGUAGAAGUCCCAACUGCGAAUUCUAGUCUUCGUGCUUCAGUCAGUUCGUAUGCCAAGUCUUUCAAGGAUAAGUAUUUUCCCGCUGAUCCUGGGGCAGCAGAAGUUGGAGUUAGUGAUGAUCUUCUUCAUUUGAAAAAUCUUUGCUCAAAGUUGAAUGCGAGUAUUGAAAAUGUCAGGACAAAAGCUAAAGGUAAAUCUAAGGCUUCUGUUGUUUGUUCCUUUGAUAUCUCAGCUAGUACCGAGGAACAACUGGAUGGGGUAAUAGCAGAAAUGCUGGCUGAACUAACUAAAGGAGAUGGUGUAUCCACAUUUGAGUUUAUUGGCAGCGGAGUUGUUUUGGCACUGCUAAAUUAUUUAUCGUGUGGAACAUUUGGAAAGGAGAGAAUUUCAGAACCUAAUGUGCCUAAACUUCGCCAGCAAGCACUCAGACGAUACAAGUCAUUUAUUUCAAUUGCACUUCCUCUUGACAUUAAGGAAGGGACUGAAACUCCCAUGACGGUGUUGGUUCAAAAGCUUCAACAUGCUUUGUCAUCUUUAGAACGUUUUCCAGUUGUACUGAGCCAUUCAUCAAGGUCAUCCAGUAGUGGAAGUGCACGCCUUUCCUCGGGUCUUAGCGCACUAUCUCAGCCUCUCAAAUUACGUCUAUGCCGAGCACAAGGUGAAAAAUCUCUUCGCGAUUAUUCAUCAAAUAUUGUACUUAUUGAUCCACUUGCAAGGCUAGCAUCUGUUGAAGAGUUCCUUUGGCCAAGAGUACAGCGGAGUGAGUCUGGACAGAAGUCAUCAGUGGCAGCAGGCAACUCUGACUCUGGAGUUGCAGCUACUGCAGCAUCAUCACCAUCCAUGCCAACUCCAACAGGCCGUCGCCCUUCAACCAGAUCUAGGUCAUUGGUAACAAUUGGAGGUACUGCUAGAAAGGACUCUCAUGAGGGUUCAGCAAAUUCUUCAAAAGGAAAGGGUAAAGCUGUUUUGAAAUCUACUGCUGAUGAGGCAAGAGGACCACAAACAAGAAAUGCUGCACGCAGAAGAGCAGGUUCAGAGAAAGACUCAGAGACGAAACCAGCACAUGGCGAAUCUAGCUCUGAGGAUGAGGAGUUGGACAUGUCUCCUGUUGAGAUCGAUGAUGCUCUGAUGAUUGAAGAGGAUGAUUUCUCAGAUGAUGAAGAUGAUGAUCAUGAUCAGGUCCUGAGAGAUGACUCUCUUCCUGGUUGUGUACCAGACAAGGUACAUGAUGUCAAAUUAGGAGAUCCAGCUGAUGAUGCUACAGUGUCUUCUUCAGCAAGUGACAACCAAGCACAACCUUCAUCUGGUUCUAGUAAUAGAACUACCUCAGUUAGAGGCCCAGGGUCUGCUGAAUACCGAACUGGAAGUACUUUUGGUUCAAGGGGUAGUGCAAUGUCAUUUGCUACUGCUGCGAUGGCUGGGCUUGCUUCUGUGAGUGGGAGAGGUAUCAGGGGUGGUCGAGAUCGUCAUGGGCUGGUGUCUGGUGAUAGUGUAAAGGACCAUUACAAUAAAUUGAUGUUCACAGCAGGAGGGAAGCAGCUCAGCAAACAUUUGACCAUAUAUCAGGCUAUCCAACGCCAGCUUGUGCUUGAGGAAGACAAUGAUGAAAGGUUCAAUGGAUCUGACCUGCCUAGUGAUGGAGGCAGGUUCUGGAGUGAUAUAUUUACUAUAACUUACCAAAAGGCUGAUAGCCAGGUUGAAAGGGCUUCUCAUGGAGGUUCAACCUCAAAGUCUAAAUCUGUUUCCUCCUCCAAAUCUGGUUGCGACUCUCAGUGGCAGCAAAUGUCCCUUCUUGAUAGCAUCUUGCAAGGGGAGCUGCCAUGUGACCUUGAAAAGUCUAAUCCUACUUACAACAUUUUGGCAUUGUUGCGAGUACUGGAAGGUCUGAAUCAGCUAGCUCCUCGCUUAAGAGUGCAGACAGUGUCUGAGGAUUUUGCUGAGGGGAAGAUUUCCAGCCUGGAUGAACUCUAUAGGGCUGGUGCAAAGGUUCCUUCUGAAGAGUUCAUUAGUAGCAAGCUAACCCCUAAACUUGCUCGGCAAAUUCAGGAUCCUCUUGCAUUGUGCAGUGGCAGUCUUCCUUCAUGGUGUUACCAAAUGACCAAAGCAUCUCCUUUUCUGUUUCCUUUUGAAACACGGAGGCUGUACUUCUAUUCAACAGCUUUUGGACUAUCCCGUGCCUUGCAUCGGCUUCAGCAACAGCAAAGUGCUGAUAGUCAUAGUUCAUCAAGUGAAAGAGAGGUCCGUGUUGGUAGAUUGCAACGACAAAAAGUUCGUGUUGCUAGAAACCGUAUCUUAGAUUCUGCUUUAAAAGUUAUGGACUUGUAUUGUAGCACGAAGGCUGUUCUUGAAGUCGAAUACUUUGGUGAAGUUGGCACUGGAUUAGGUCCAACUCUGGAAUUCUAUACUCUCUUAAGUCAGGACCUGCAAAAGGUUGGAUUGGGAUUAUGGAGGUCCAGCUCUACAUCUGACAACUCUGCCAUGGAUAUUGAUGGAGUUGAGAUGAAAGAUGGAAAUACUGAUGAUGGUUCAGAAGCAAAGAAACUUAGUUCUGAUUUUUCUGUUGGAAGUAGAGAUCUUAUCCAUGCUCCGUUUGGUUUGUUUCCUCGCCCUUGGCCUCCUAAUACAGAUGCUUCUGAUGGAAGCCAGUUCUCUAAGGUUGUUGAAUAUUUCCGUUUGGUUGGUCGAGUAAUGGCAAAAGCUCUACAGGAUGGGCGGCUUUUGGAUCUGCCGCUGUCAACUGCAUUCUACAAACUCAUGUUGGGACAGGAACUUGAUGUGCAUGACAUUAUCUCAUUUGACGCUGAGUUUGGGAAGAUAUUGCAAGAAAUGAAAAUCCUUGUUCAUCGCAAACAGUUUUUAGAGGCAACAGCUGGUAAUGAUCAAAAGACAAUUUCUGACUUGCGUAUCCGUGGUGCUCCUGUUGAAGAUCUGUGUCUAGAUUUUACACUUCCUGGUUAUCCUGAUUACAUUCUUAAAGGAGGAGGAGAAGGCAUCCUGGUUAAUAUCGACAACUUGGAAGAAUACAUCUCCUUGGUAGUUGAUGCAACUGUUAAGACAGGAAUUAUGCGGCAGAUGGAAGCAUUUAGAUCGGGGUUCAAUCAGGUCUUUGACAUCUCGUCUCUGCAAAUAUUUUCUCCGCCCGAGCUUGAUUACCUGAUCUGUGGUCGUAGAGAAUUGUGGGUGGCUGAAACACUGGCGGAACAUAUUAAGUUUGAUCAUGGAUACACUGCAAAAAGCCCAGCAAUUAUCAAUCUGCUCGAGAUUAUGGCAGAAUUCACGACGGGGCAGCAGCAUGCUUUUUGUCAAUUUGUGACUGGUGCUCCCAGGUUUCCACCUGGUGGCCUGGCUGCAUUGAACCCAAAGCUGACUAUCGUGAGGAAGCAUUCUUCGACUACGACAAACACAUCAUCGAAUGGAACUGGAGUGUGUGAAUCAGCUGAUGAUGAUUUGCCUAGUGUUAUGACAUGUGCCAACUACCUUAAACUUCCUCCCUAUUCAACAAAGGAAAUCAUGUACAAGAAACUGCUUUAUGCUAUCAGCGAAGGCCAGGGAUCAUUUGAUCUGUCAUGAGCCAAAGACCAACUAUCAAUGAUGGAUGCUGCCUCAUUCUGGGUGUUCAUCUGCUUCUUUUUAAAUAGAUUGCCCAUUCUGCUCAACAUCAGUCUCGUCUCGCACCUUUAUACAGGUAACAUCUGGGUCAGUCUCCAUCUCAACAUCUGUCAAGUCUUUUUUUUUUCCUGAUUCUCUCUUUUGUGGGGUUGGUUACAUGUUUCUUUUUUUCGGGUUCCUGUAUAUGCUCAUUCCUCGUAGUGGCCCAACAAAUGUUACUUGCUCUGGCCGAAUUUUCCUUUUUGUUCUUACAAUAACUUACAUUAUUCACUGUCAGCUAAAUGUGAUACUGGUCCGGCAAUUUGAAGCUUUGAAGAGGGAAUGCAGAGCUCUGUGCCAUUGCUUGUAAAUAAAGAUAAAAGUUUCAUCUUAUUUAUAAGUUGGAGUAUGCCAAAUAGCUUUUGAUGUCUUGAGGAAGGAAUAUAAGAAAAGAAAUUUAAUCUUUCAAAUUGAUUUCAGCUGUGCUGCAGCAUCUUCUUCCCCUUCUUCAGUUUUGCUUGGUUAUGAAAUUUGGUGUAAUAAAUGUCUUCCUUUUGCAUUA